ACUCGUCGACUGUCCGUUAGAAGGUCACCAAUCUAAAAGGUCACAACAACAAAGAUGUAUUGUUAAAGUCGUUUGUUUUAUUUUUUUUUACUUCCAAAUAUUACAGCCUAAUUUCAAUAUCAUAAAAAAUAGUUGUCAUACUUGCUUCCGGCAUAGGAAAAGUACCUGAGCCUUUGUAGCGCUUUGGUGAGGGGGAUCUCAUCUGAAGAGGCAGGAGACCUCGGUCUCUCACUUGACCUGUCCUCGGAGCAUGAGGGCUCAAGAUUCUCUGCAGUAAAAUACAUCAUGGCAAUUCUUGGAACCAUGGAGUUGUUGUGUGCCCGUCUCAUGAGGAACCAACACCGUUGCCUACCUGCCUACCUGUCUAGAAGCUUUCAAACCUCCCAUUGCCGACAGAGACGAUCAACAACCAGGAGGACAUUACCUUCAACAGAACUCUACUCAACCAACACGUGUCGGAUUCUACGGCAGCCCGAAACCACAGACUCUGUUUGUCAACUUCAAUUGAGGCCAUCUUCAUCUCAGAGACAACUUUUCUCAUCUGAGAAUGUAAGAACAGUACUUUUCCCAGUGGGGACACCUAGACCCGACCCUGCUGUCCACUGUCUCCCUGUUAUAUGGCUGUCUAAGCAUGGACAGAACUUCUUCCAUACCUCUGCUCCUCACCGCGCCCUGCCUGCGCCUCUCAUAUGGCUGGUACUCAAACCCCUGCAGAAGAUAGUGGCUAUUAUACUGGGCAGGAGUAUCAGGAAGUGGUGGUUGGCCCUCCCGCCCAAUAAGCAGCAGCUCGUGCGUCAGAAGGUCUGGCGUCGCCGUUGGCAGCUGGCGUCUGGGGGUAUGGUUGCUAUGGUGAUCAUGGCAAGUUUCUUCCUGACUCAUCUGGACGAGUCGCCCAUCACGGGACGUACACGCCUCCUAGUGUUCAGUAGAGAGAACUACAUGGAGCUGGCUGCAGUGACGGGAGAUGGGUACAUGGAGGAAUUUGCUGAGUUGAUGGUUUCAGAGAAGGACCCUCGUCACCAGGUGGUGGAGAGAGUGGUGGAGCACCUGGCCCAGAGGAACAAAGACAUCCCAGAGGUCUCCUCUGUUCCAUGGAGAGUCCACUUGGUCGACAGCCCUACCGUUAACGCUUUCGUACUGCCUAAUGGAAAGGUGUUUAUGUUCACUGGGAUGUUGGAGGCCGUUGCAGAUGUUCACCAGCUCACCUUCAUCCUGGGACAUGAGAUGGCCCACGCAGUGAUGGGACACUCUGCAGAGCAGGCCAGUAUGUCUCAUGUGGUAGACUUCCUGUCUCUGAUCCUGCUAACAGCCAUCUGGGCCGUGUGUCCUCGAGACAGCCUGGCUGUACUGGGACAUUGGAUACAGACUAAGCUCAUACAGUUCUUGUUUGAUCGUCCUUAUAGCAGGAAGUUGGAGGCAGAAGCUGAUCAGGUUGGACUCCAGCUGGCUGCCAAGGCAUGUGCUGAUGUGCGGGCAGGGCCAGUGUUCUGGCAGCAGAUGGAGAUCAGUGACCAGCUGAGAGGAGAACCUACAGUACCAGAGUGGCUCUCCACACACCCCUCUCACAGGAACAGAGUGGCACAGCUGGACCGGCUGGUCCCACAGUACCUGGAGUUGAGGGAGAGCUGUUCCUGUCCUGCCCUCCCUGCUACAGACCCCAGAGCUGUCUUCGCUCAGAGUGUCAAAGUGCUGCUGGAUGCUACUAGGGACCUGGAGGGAGAGGCGGGGAAGAGACUGAAACCACAAGCUCUGUCGCAGACCCCAACGUCAGACCACAGAAGGGCUCCACACCCAGGGGGACUGGCUACUGCCCUGCUAGCCUCCUCAGCCACAGGCUCACCUCCAGCCCUGACCCUAGACACUGCUACCCACCUCUAACCCCCGGGCCACUACCCUCGCCCCCUGUCUUCCCAGGCCUAGUUCCAGUCAGUGAUUGUAGCUCCUUGAUUGCUAAUUGACUGAUGUUUGUAAGGUCUUCUGGGCUUCUGUGGAAUUGCUGCAAAAAGGUUUUGGGUAGCGGUUCUGUUUACUGCGUGUAAGAGGGUACAGGGAGAUGCUUUGAGUGUAUAGUGUGAAUACAUAGUAUCCUGUUUGAAUUGGAAUAUUUCUUGUGGGGACAUGCUGCACUCAAUGGCCUAAUGAGCAUAUACAAUGAGGUCCAAAAUGAUAGACUCCCCUGAUAAAGAUGCGCAGUAAUGACUGUAUAAAAUAAAUAAAUUCAAAAUCAAAAUUGACAUCCCGGCCCUAAGGAUUGACACCUCUAAAGUAAAGUAGUCAAACGUGUGUAUUUUGUCCCAUAUUCCUCCUAUCCUAUUCCUAUCACGCAAUGACUACAUCAAGCUUGUGACUCCACAAACUUGUUGGAUGCAUUUGCAGUUUGUUUUUGGUUGGGUUUAAGAUGAUUGAGAAUAUAUUUCUCGACACUUCUACAUUGAUGUACAUUCUACCAUGAUUACGGAAAAUCCUGAAUGAAUUGUGAAUAAUGACGAGUGAGAAAGUUUGAGGGUCAAAGAUCAUACCCCCAAACACAUGCUAACAUCUCACCAUCACCAAUAACAGAAGAGAUUCAACAAAUGAUUGUUCAAACUAUGGCUACAUGUCUUAGUGCAUAUGCAGAUCUAUACACACCUCACCGAAACUGACAACCAAUCAUUUAACAGGAUUUCCGAAAUCACGUUUGUAGGGAAUAUAAAAGACUCAACAUCUCAACUUUACAGUAUAUAAAAGAGUAAAAGACUAGAUGGAGUUAUCCUCUCUUUCCAAAGACCACAACCUGGAAGUCAGUGAUAAGUUGUUUGUCCCAUCUCAGUGGUGUUGGUCUAAUACAUGCUCAUGUGAUUACAAAGAAUGGUGUUUCUACAUGGAUUGUUGUACAGCCAAAUUCCUCAACAGUAAGAUAACACUUAACGUGUGAAAUUAACCUCCUUGAUUGACCAAAACUGGGAACAUAGAAUGUUAUUUAUAACAACAUUGAGGAAAUGUCUUAGUCUCCCAGAUACAAACCAUGUAAGAAUGUCCUUCAGAAAGUACUCGUACCUCUUGACUUAUCCACAUUUUGGUUCUCUGGGUAGACAGUGUGUAGGCACUGUGUCCUGUAGGCACUGUGUCCUGUAGGCACUGUGUCCUGUAGGCACUGUGUCCUGUAGGCACUGUGUCCUGUAGGCACUGUGUCCUGUAGGCACUGUGUCCUGUAGGCACUGUGUCCUGUAGGCACUGUGUCCUGUAGGCACUGUGUCCUGUAGGCACUGUGUCCUGUAGGCACUGUGUCCUGUAGGCACUGUGUCCUGUAGGCACUGUGUCCUGUAUGUCACCUACUUUAUUUACCCUGUCGUGUCCAUCCAUCAUCACCUGUUGCAAUGUGUUUUUGUGGUAAUGUGGCCAUCAAGUUCAUUUAAAUUAGUUUUAUGUCUCGCCCUGAAGGAAUGGUGUUGUAUUUUAGUGUCAAAGAUCUUUGUGAAAUCAUAGAAAUGUGUAGUUUUGUACAAAUCAUGUAUUGAACUAGCCAAAGAGCAUAUUUUAUAUACUAGAAUGUACAUCUUAGAACCUGACAACCUGAAAAUGAAUGGGUUUUGAGGUAAAACUGGUCUAGUGUGGUUUGUCGUUGUAACGUAAGUGUGAAUGACUGGGCUCUAACCUUGGUUGACCGUGUUAGCACACUGAGCUAAAGCCACGUCUCUUGAAUUUAAAUUAAUUUGAAUGAAAUAAACAUAAUAAAAUCAAAACUGAGCAUAAAGAUGUAGAAGAGAGUACCACUAGUCUUAGAAGAAGGCUAGAGCUAGCCCUAGGAGAAGGCUAGAGUGAGGGCAGGAGGGGCCCCACUGACAAUUGUCUGUAGGCAUUUAUAUAAGGAGUGUCUACGUGGUCUGAAAACCGCUGAUAAUAGCACAACGUGUUAUUUUAGGCGUUUAUGAGAAGUGUCUAUAUUGUCGAGAACUACUGGGAAUAGCAUAAGGUACACAAGGUGCUAUUCUAUAGGUAUUCAAAGCGGCAAGACUAUAGCAUUUAUGACUAUACAAACUAUUGAUACUGAGGGACUGUAGAUGCUGAAGGACUAU